AUCGUGCUGUUCGCAUUAAAUAAUACUACUGCAAAACUACGUAAGUAUUUAUUAAAAUAAAAUAAAUAAUUAUUAAUAAGAACCAAUUAUUGGAGUUAGAAAUGAUGAAAAAAAUGAAUCAAUGUGUCAUCAAUUAUUAUACAAUACUAAUAUUAUUUAAAAUCUAACGAACAAGUUUUGAAUUCUAAUAAGUGCUUAAAAGUUUAAAACUAAACCGUCAUUACUUGCAUGUGAGAAUUUCCCUCACAUAAUUUUUGAGAUGAGAACAACCGACUCGCUCGUAGAUCAAUAAUUUGUAAAUUAAUGCAAAAUUCAAAUGAUAAGGUGGCUAAAGUGAAUACCAGACCUUGCUAGCCGUUUACUAAUUAUUUCCUAAGAACUGUCUAACUUAACAGGUAAAUCCUAUUUAUGAAUACUACCAAUUACUGUCUAUUUACUAACUUUCAGAUUUUACUAACAAUUUACUUAAGAUUUACUUGGAUAUGUUUAUGAAUAUCAAAAUUAUGGUUUUAACUAAGUUCACACUAAAUUUCCACUUUGUAAAUCUAUGAAUAUAGCUGAUAGUCGGUCACAUUGAACAUAUGAUAAUUCAUAGCGUAUUAUAUAGACGUGGAGUUAUUACACAGGCUAUCAUACAGUUCAAUGAUCAAUUAUUCUGAGACCGUGGGUCAAUCAUAAUUAUGUAUUGUUAUUAGCGUGCGAUAACGGUCCGAAAUAAUAAAAUUAGAAGUUUUCUGUAAAUUCGUUUAUUGUUUUUAAUUUUAGAAAUUGAUUUCAUUAUCCCUAUAAUACCCCUCCCCGUGUCAGGACCCCCCUCUGACACCGAUAUAAUUUAAAUAAAAUGUUGUGCAAAAAAGAGGCAUUUAUUAAUAGAUACUUUUUAAAUACAUAUAAUUUUUCAGGACCCCUUUAAGAAAAAAUUUUAAAAUCCGCUACUGCGCCAUGCAGUACUUGAAUUCCCGGAAAAAGUUAAUACUUUACGAAAUAAUGAGUGUACCCACUUAAAUGAAUCACCUGAUAGAUAAGUACCAAACAUUCAUUAUUAAACUUUUUUUUACAGAUAAUUCCAAAAAAAAAAUUUUGAAACACUUAAUUCAUCUUUAAAUAUUUUUAGAAUUCAUCUAAACGCACGGGGGGAAACCGAGGAAUUAUAUACGGAACUGAGAAGAAGAGCCAUGAGGAGCUGAAAGUACGUGGUCAAUAAAUACCUACCGCAAAACGUGGAAUUAUACAAAUUUUUAAUUCUGUAUUGGCUAAACCCCAGAGGCUAAAAUAUAUACUAUUUCAAAUUGCCCACUUUAUAUGAAACCACACUAUAUCAUAUGUAUCAUCACUCCCCUCCCCGCCGCAAUGGAAUCAUUUCAGUUUUUGAUUGAGAGGGGGGAAAAUUUCGACACAUCAACGAAAAAAUAACCGCUCGUAAAUUAAUCUCAAUUUAUAUUUUCCUCUGCGUAUUAUCAUAUAAAGACCAAUAAUAGCUUAUUAUUCAUUUUUUUUUUAAAUAAUAGAAUCUAAAUUAAUAUAGUACCUACUUUAAAGACAUUGUUUUUAAUUCUUUUAUAGGGACUAUAUUAUCUAAAUUAGUAUUUUAGUAAUUAGUAGUUAUUAUUAACAUAGUAAAUAGUGUUUUUUUUUUUUAUCAUAAACUUACUCGAAACAAUUUUAAAAAAUACAUAAUUAAUUUAAUCUACUCAUUAUGAAUAUACAAUAAAUAUUAAUUACACUUAUGAUCAGUUUUCAUUCUACUACAAUAAUGCAUUACCUAUAAAUUAAACAUCGAUAAUAAAAGUAUCUUUAAUCUAUUUUGUAUCGUCUUGGUCUUUGUAAUAACAUGUGAUAAUUAGAUCGCGGAUUUGUAUGCAUUUGCAUAUUUAUUCUGGUUGCAAAGUGAGCAUAAAAUGUGUUUCAUGCAGUAACAAUUUUUGAAAAAGAAACUUGUUUAGUGCAUAUUUUUGAAUAUUUCAACAUUAACCCAUUUUUUUUUUUUUUUUUUUAUCUAUUUUUAAGAGCUUAUUUUACCAAUUCGAAUUGUAUAUUUCAUCUUAUAGUGCAUAUUUUGAUGUUUAUUUAGACGUUUUUGAAAUAUAUACUAUUGUAAUGUAAGAAAAAAAAAUUAUUCCAUUAAUAUCAAAAUAAAUUAAUAGGUAAAGACCCAAAUAUAAUCUUAGAUCAAUAAUCGGUGAAAUGAAAUACGUAUACCAAGAUAAGAAAAUAACGAUUACGACGAGUGACCAUCAUUGUCACUAUUUCAGUGGUGUUGUAAUAUUUACCGUGCACUCGUGUGUGCUUUCUGUGGUAAUUCCCGUUUUUAUUACGUUAUUUUAUGCCGGAAUGCAUAAAUCGUCGUUAUCCAGAGUCUUAUAUAUUAAAACUACUUACAAAAUGACAAAGUGAAAAUAAAAAUGAAGAAAAGUAUUUACAGUAGGGUUCCAUAAGGCCACCAAAGUAACGCGAUUCGUGAUAUGACAAGUGACGUGACGAGUGAUUUAGCAAGAUUUUUUUCCCAAUAAAUUAUUAUAAUUGUAUGUAAGUAAAUAUAUUUGUAAAGUGUCCAUGAUGGGGGGGGGAGGGGUUGAACCCCCUAACCCCGUCCCCGUGAGCAUGACCCUGUAAUAUUUUCUAUAUUAUGUUAUUAUAAAUUAUUAAUAAUACAUACCUUUCCACGGUGGAGAGCUGAUGACAAAUGACAAAAGUAGAACAUGCAGUACUUUUGUCAUCAAGAAAAUUUCAGAAGUUACGCAAAACUAAAACACGAUCUGACAGGUUUGAUCAGUGUACGGACAUGAAUGAUUUUUGUAUGUGUGUAAUGACAAAUAACUAGUAUGACAUGUCCACCUGCUAAAUCACUCGUCACGUCGCUUGUCAUACCACGAGUCACGUUACAUUGGUGGACGCCGGGCCUAAUUUUAAAUUUAUUGUUUUAAUAAAAUGUUCAAAAAUAUAUUUUUUUUUUUUUUUUGUUCAUGCAUAUUUUAACAUUUUAGUGCAUAUGUUUAUGCAUAUUUAAGAUUUUUUAGCGCGUAUUUAGUGGUUUUUAAUGCACAUAAAUCCGCGCUCUAUCGGUAACUAAUAUUUUACGUGUCAACUAGUUGUUAUUUGAAAUUUUAAUUCUAUAAUUUUUUUUUCUUCGGUAAUAAUAAUUAUUAAAAAUAUAAAAUUAAAAACAAAUAUAAAUAAAUAUCAUAGCCGUUGCACACUUUUUAAUUACGUACAGUAAAUCUAACAUUUCGUAUUACAUAAAGUGUGUCGUACUACACACAAUUUUAGACCCAGCUUAACAAGAAGACCGGAAGCAAUACCUUUUGCAAGUAGUCGAGAACCAUCGUCAAAGGUUCCCCAAUCUAAGGUCGGACUAGGCCGGCGAGAUACCGAUCCAAACUCAAUGGGCUGUUCAAAAUAAUUGAUUCAUGGGCCAAUUGCUGAUAAUUUAUAAUAAAUUGAUAUUAUUAUAGAUAGUGCGUUACUCACUCAGUCAUUAAAAAGCUAAUUAUUAUUCAUUUCAAUCAUAUUGUACAGUUGCUGUCUAAAACCAUUGAUUAUAUAUAUAUAUAUAUUUAAUACCAUUUUUCUACCAGAAGAAUGGCUCGGAUUUCAACGUGUAGCACCUUUUCUGAAAGGAAAUCGGUGUGGGGAGAUACUUUAAAGAGGACAUUUUUCGAUUUUCUCAAGAAUUUUGUCUUCGAAUGCGAAAAACGGGAAAAUGUACGAAAUAUAAUAUUACGUUUUUCUUUUUCCUGUGCACAACUUUUCAACCAGAAAAUUUAUUCCAAUUUUUAAUGAUAGAAAUGUUUUUUAAAAGGAAUGGUGAUCUCCUUUGGUCGGUGGCCUUUUGGGGGUCACCAACUAAUUAUUUAAUCACAGAAAAUAUAAAAUACCGGGUCACAGUGUAUAAACUAUAAAAUAUGUAUUUAAGGGCAGUAAAAAGGUUGAGAAACACUAGUAGCUGGACAAUGAAUAAUUAUUUUACCCUCCUACCCAUGUUUAUUGAUGAAAGAUCCUCGAAUUUAAAAAAGAAAACCAGUUUACCAAUUUAACUUACCUUUUAACGCCUUUUACAAAACCAGUUAAAUUUAUUUAUUUACAUUAUUGUUAAUAUUCAAGUUAAUAGAUUCUAUUUAUCUUUAACAUUGCCUAUGAUUAUACUGUAAAGACUAGAAGUCUUAUAAACUACACGCAAUCCUUUAUUAUUGGUAGUGACUCCUCGCUCCUCGUUUUAUCUUAAGUACUCUAUAUCGUUUUCAUAAAACAUUAUUCCAAAAAUUUAUCAUUUUUACCUACUCUCCUGAUAUGUGUAACCCUCGGUUUUAUUUAGAACAAUUGUGUGUAGUACAGGGGCGUAUAUAGGAUUUUAUUGAGGAGGGGGAUAUAAAAUUUUUUUUUGUGUUGAUGCAACCUCUUGUUAGUUACUCCAUGUAAGGAGUUACAAUUAAAAUAUAUUUUAUUAUAUUGCAAUGUAUGCAUUUAAAAUUUAAUAAAUUAGACUUACCUCAUUAGUUUCAUAUGAAUCUGUGCGUGCUUUUUUAUUCGUUGUAAAAUAUGAUAAUAAAUUAUUACUACUUGGUUUUUUUGAUGCCAUUGAAAUAUAACUUUUUCAAUUUUAUAACUUAUUUAUUAACCAAAAAAAGAAUUACAUAAAAAUAACAAGUGUGCAAUGGCAAUGCGGAUAAAUCGUUGCAAUGAGUGCGGGAAAGUGGAAUGAGGUGCCAAUGUGUAAUAUGCGAUGCACAACGACCGGAAUGAUUAGAAAAUAAUAUUUAUUUUAAAAUUUACGAAUUCCUUAUCGUCUUCUGUCCGCUGUCGCAAUUAUUUUCGUGUUCUACGUAUAUAACAGUAUAAUAGCAGUGAGCUAUCUUUAUUCUUUAUUAGGUACUAGCGGGUUUUACCCGGCUUCUCCCGAAUAUGGUCCUAUUUUAAUUUUGUUGUUAUUAUUGUGUAAUAUCAUUCGCAGCCCACAGGAUAACAAAAUUAUAAAUAGCAUCAGUACUGCAGCCAUGUAGCCGUGUUUAUACCUAAAUUUAAAAAAAGUGCAAGGGAGGGGAUCUGUCCCCUAUAUCCCCCCCCCCCAUAAAUACGUCACUGCUGUAGUAUUAUUUUCUCGGUGCACUUCAGUUGCGUCCCGUAAAAAGGGAUACAUGAAUUGCGUCCCACUAUAUUGGUUAGGUAGUAGAUUUUUAUUUCGUUUUCAGGGGUUCUCCAUGAUGCAUUAAUUAUAAGGGAGUCUGAUAUUAUGCAUCGAUAUAUUAUAAUACGUGUCUAAUUUUAUAAAUUACGAUAAUGGAUGGAUUUUGUUAUCGAUGAUAAGCAACAAUAAUCAAGUUCAUAUCAUUAUUAUUACUAUUAUUAUUUUUACUGGCAUUUUGAUUUAUUAUUAUUGUUAUUAUUAUUUAUUUAUUUAUUUUGUGAUAUUACGGGCUAUAUUGACUUUGAUUAUUAGAUUUAAGCGAUUUAACAUUUAUUCAUUUUUUUAUUACAUUUGACCAAUUUUUGAUUGACUCGUGAAUCAUGUUUAUAUUUAUAAUUGUUAUUUAUUUAUUUUAGUUUAAGAACCCCUGAUUAAAAUACACGAAUUGCGUCUUGGAUUUUUCGGGACGCGAUUCGUGUAUACCUUUUUUUUACGGGACGCAACUCAUGUGCUCCCUUAUUUUCUUAACUAAUAGUUUCCUUAGGUUAUAAUCCAAUUAUUUUCCAGCCAUUGUAUAGCAGAGUUAGUCGCCGUGUUUAUGUUUCGAUUUGAAUUUUGAAAGAGCACGCCAUCACGGUUACCGCACGAGUACCGUUCGCAGUCAUUUCGGCGACCGUAAGUGGUCACACUACCGACGGCCGAACGCUUCUUCGAAUUGGCGGCAAAAUUUGUCCCGUACAAUAGUACAACAAUUGGCGGGCUACCGGCCGAUAAGGUCUGUAUUCGAUGGCAUUGACAGUCCUACGGCAUUUGUUCGUCAUCGCUCACGUCGUCCCCUCGUCCUUCAUAAUACCCAACCUCAUAACCUACACAGCAAUACCCUCGUUCGCCGACAGCAUGCCGAGCCCCCUGAAGAAAUCCAAAUUGCUGGACGCGGCUGACGUUCCCGUUCCGUCGUUGGCCAACAAAACGUCGGAGGACAACGUUUUGUCGUUCGCCAAGCUCACCGAACACGCGUUCCCGCCUGUUAAGGGCAGCGAACAAGCGGCCGGUCUCGAUCUUAAGAGGUGAGCGAUUCUUUUAUCCGUGGGCGCCAAUGCGCCCGAUUUCCGGUAUCGAAAUUAAUCCGUUACUCUGAACAAAACAAUUUCGGAUUAGCGAGUUUGCCAAACACAAUAUAGGCACGUCGCGCAUUACUCGGUAUUACACGUGUUGUUAGGUUAGGGUUUUUGGCGCGUUUUUUUUUUCCUUUGUUUCUAAACUUUUUGUCGUCCGCAGUGCUUACGCGUACGUCGUUAAAGCUCACGGCAAAGAGCUGAUCAAAACCGACUUGCAAGUACGCGUGCCGCCCGGCACCUACGGUCGCGUCGCCCCCCGUUCUGGUCUCGCUUGGAAGAACUUCAUUGAUGUGGGCGGUACGUACCUAUACAAUAUAUUUCCAUUCGUUCCUACUCAUUCAAUUAAUAAAUAUAUAAUUGACUAUUUCACGUGUAACAAUAUCGACAGUUUUUUUUUUUUUAUUUUAGCCGGUGUCAUCGACGCAGACUACAGGGGCAACGUAGGCGUUAUAUUGUUCAAUCAUUCUGACGAAGACUUUACGGUGAAUCCUGGUGACAGAGUUGCCCAAUUAAUCUGUGAACGAAUUGUCAGCCCUAGACUGAUGGAACUCGAGGUACCUGUUGUGUUUCAUAAUAAAUUAAUCACCCAUGUCUUAAUGAAAAAAAUACCAAUCGCUUAUGAUGAUAAUAAUAUUUUUCAGACCCUGGAUGAAACCAUCCGUGGUGAUGGUGGAUUUGGAUCUACGGGCACCAAUUGAAUUAUGUCACUACUAAAUUAUUACUUUCAUAUAUUAUGUUUGAUAAGUUUUUUUUCUCUUAACAGUAACUAAUCGUUUUGUAAUUAUUAUAUUAAUGUUUAUUGAAAAUCCAUCAUCUUAUAAGAAGCUCAACAUAUGUUUUUUAAAAUUUUUAUAUACAACAUUAAUUAAAAACUAUUGUACAAUUUUUUUAUUAUUAUUAUAAAUACAAUAUUUGUUACAUUUUUAUUUAAUUGUAUUAAUUCAGUUGUUUUAAGUAUUUAAAUUAAACUAUUCUAUAAGUAUAACGUGUUCACAUGUAAACACACCAAAAACUAUGUUACUGACUAC